AUGAAAGAAGUGCACAGCGGUGUAUGCGGAUCCCACAUGAAUGAGCACUUACUGGCUAAGAAGUUCAUGAGAACGGGGUAUUUUUGGCUCACCAUGGAGCAUGACUGUGUAGAAUUUGUCAGAAAAUAUAUUAAGUGUCAAAUACAUGCCAAUAUUAUACAUGCUCUUCCAUCAGAGUUACAUAGUAUGACUGCUCUUUGGCCCUACUCAAUGGGGGGAAUGGACGUGAUUGGAGUUAUUGAUCCCCCAACCUCGAAUGGGUAUCGAUUUAUCCUAGUGGCGAUCGAGUAUUUCACCAAAUGGGUUGAAUCAACAUCUUACAAGAGCGUGACCAAGAAAAUAGUAUCCGAGUUUCUCAGGAACCACAUUAUCUGUCAUUUUGGGAUGUCAGAGACGCUGGUCACUGACAAUGCUAGAAACCUCAAUAAUGAUAUGGUAGAUGAAUUAUGCCAAUAA